UCAGUGUCUCCGUCUCUGAGCCGAGCUGGUCGGGGCCAGCAGCAACGUCACUGCCUGUCAGCGGCUUCAGAGCAGCGCGGACGGCUUCCAGAGCAGCAGCAGCGCAGCAGCGCCGAGCUUAGCGGAAGAAGACAGCGGCGUGGACACGUUGUCUGCACGGCGGCUCGCCUCAGAGCCUAAGUAAAAACCCCACAUCUCAAGAUUCAAGCACGCCAAAGAUGGUGAUUACCAGCGUAGCAUCCCUCAGAAGUACUUCGCCGGCUGUGGACACAGAGAGCAGAUGUUUGCAUUGAAGGUGCCGAACGAGCGCGCUUGGAGAGGAGGUAGUAACAGGUGCAGCGUGCCAAGGUGAAUUUGGAGGUGUGGAAGAGAGCUGAAGAUCAUGGGGAAAUCAAACAGCAAGCUCAAGCCAGAAGUGGUGGAGGAGUUGACAAGAAAAACCUACUUCACAGAGAAAGAAGUACAGCAGUGGUACAAAGGCUUCAUCAAGGAUUGUCCCAGCGGCCAGCUGGAUGCUUUGGGCUUUCAGAAGAUAUACAAGCAGUUUUUUCCUUUCGGAGACCCCACCAAGUUUGCUUCAUUCGUCUUUAAUGUAUUUGAUGAAAAUAAGGACGGACGAAUUGAGUUCUCCGAGUUCAUCCAGGCCCUGUCGGUGACCUCCAGGGGGACUCUGGAUGAGAAGCUCAGAUGGGCCUUUAAACUGUAUGAUCUCGACAACGACGGCUACAUAACUCGUGAUGAAAUGUUAAACAUUGUAGAUGCUAUAUAUCAAAUGGUGGGAAACACUGUGGAGCUACCAGAGGAAGAAAACACACCAGAAAAGAGAGUGGACCGUAUUUUUGCAAUGAUGGACAAGAAUGCAGAUGGGAAGCUGACUCUGCAGGAGUUUCAGGAAGGGUCAAAGGCAGACCCUUCCAUUGUUCAGGCACUGUCACUCUAUGACGGACUUGUGUAGAAAUGUAAGCUAGCUCCGAUCGCAUCCAGGUAUUACGACGCCGCUCUCCAUCUUCAGCGUAGUGAUUAUCCCUUUCGCAACUUUUUCAGAGGGGUCCGACAGCGUCCUUCUGCUUUUUGCACGCCAACGCCGUUCCGUCACCUCCUGAUCAACCCAAAAGGGAGGAUUACAAACUUUCAUUGUCCAAUUGUUUGCGUUCAUUCGCAAAAAAAGGAGAUCAAACGCAAAAUUCUUCUGAUGUAACGAGGAAUGCCUGCCCUCUCCCUCAGUCAUUGCUCAGUGCUCCUGCGGCCGUGUAGCGCAGCGGCGUUGUGGACUGUGUUCGAAUGUUUCUGUGUUCUGGGAGCGAAGUGUCAGACAAUCCGAGGAACAGGAUCCCUCAACGAUGCUUGCGUUCUUCUCGUCUAAACGGCGUAAAUCACCAGAGGGAUUGUGCUUCUGCCGCGGCUGCUUCACCUCCACAUUGAGAUACUUUAAAUCUCUGGAAAUAAUGUGUUACGAACACUAACUUAAAAGCUACAAAGCAGUUAUAAUGUAUAUAUUAUAAUGUAAAUACAAUGGUAAUUUAUUUUCUGCUUUGCUGCAUUUAUGAGACUUUUCUCAUAAAUAUAGAAUGAUUUUUUUUUUUUUUAAUCAAAGGUGUCGAAAUGUAUUGCACUGUAUUUUUCCUUACCAUUGUUGGAGCGUUCUUUUUUCUCUCAUUCCCAGGUUAGUUCUCCUGAGAGAAGAGGAAUGUUUAAGUAGCACAGAGUUUUCUAUGGAUAAUUUUUAUUGCGUUUGCUGUCCGUGCACCCCGUUGUGUUUUAAUUCCCCCCCAUUAGCAUGAUUGUGUCCUAUUGACCCUGUUGCACAACUGCAUCCUGAAUGACUCGGCUUGAACAACGGAGAGCAUUCCCGCAGCUUUACAUCAGAAUUGAGGCCGAGCGUUUUUUUUGUUUUUUUUUUGAGAGCGCUGCACUCCACCCUUGGCAACACAAAGCCCGGGUCUCUGAGAGGCGCAAACAAGACGUCAGUUUUGGUUGUAAAGCUUUGGAGAUCGCCUUGGUUGCAAGUGUCUACAUGAUAUUUGCAACGUGUGAGGCCAGAGCAUGCGAUUCUUCCUUCUUUUUAUAUUUAGAUUAUCUAUUUUAGAACAUUUUUGGUGUUUUAUCUGCUUCACUAAUAGUUGUUUGCCUUAUGCAGAUUAUAAUUUACUAGAUUAUGAUUGUCAUUUAUCUGUUAAUCAGUGUAAGAGCACGGAAUAAAAUGCAUUUAAGUGGCUAAUAUUUAUAUUUCUGUAUUUUAGUUUGGAAUGAGUAGAAAAGUGUUACAAUUUUUUAUUGAGAAGCAUUUAGGAUGCAUUUAAGGGACAGCUUUGUAGAUUAAGUUUUGUUCAAAUGUAGAAUUUCAAAUUACCUUGAUUAUAUUCCUAUUUGGAGAAUAUCACGCAAGUUUGCACAGAUUGCGUUAAGGCAAAAAAUAUGGGACAUGUUCUGGGUUCAGUAUUCCACUGUGUAACAUCACAUAAUAAGAAGUGUCAUGUUAAGCUUUAGUGCCUGUUAUUGCUUUGCAACACAGAAUCUGAUGUGCCAGCUUACUAAACCUGUACUAUACGACUAAUGAACAAUGAAGUACAUAAAACUGGCAUGUGGCAGUGAUGGAUGAAUUAAUGCCACCUGGCGGCUUUUGAGCCUCUCGGCCUCGCUGGGAUUGAGUCACUUUCUGUUAUUUUUUCUCAUCAAAGACCGGUGCAUGACAUACCAAAAGGAAGAAAUGUCCAGAUUUAUGACUGUUCUGUCAUUUAAAGUCCGAGCCUUUUGUAUUUGUAGCAUGUGAUACUAAAAAGUGCAGUAAAACACGAGUGUGUUUGAAAGUGAA